UUGUGGAGCCGAAAUCGUCGGUGGAAGGGGAGAAAAUCUUCACAAUUUACGCUGAAAUAAAACAAAAUAGAUAUGUCAAACGAUGGUUUAGGGAAAAUAAAACAAAAGCGUAAAAAUGUACCAUCAAAGCCCUACACAAGAGGCAAGUCGUUCUUUGGGAAAGUAAAAGAUACCGUGAAGGAGAUUCUCCAGCCGUCAUGGCUUGGUUCUAUCGUGUCGAGCUUGACGCCUGCCAGGUUGUCCGAGAGUGCCCCAAGCACUCCAAUGCCACCCCAGGUGAAGCCAGAUAGCCAGUUUUCCAGCAGUACUCCCAGGAGAAACGCUUACCCACUAAACUCACUGCAUCGACCAAGCCGAGGACUACCACCUCCAAACAUGUACUCAGCAGUUGAUGGCAAUAUGCCAUUUGUGUCUUAUGUUCCGAACAACAGCCAGCCAAGUACUUCAACUCAAGGUCCUAGAUAUGAUGAUCAAAUCAAUAUAAGCAACUAUUCAUUCUCUGGUGGUCUGACGUCAGCAGUGCCAGCGCCAGCGGAGCGGCAAGAUGAAAGCGUCUCUCUUGAUGACAGCAGAUUACGUGACCAGCCACAGCCAAGAGAGACGCCAAGAGAACAUGAGGAGGAAUCUCGAGUACGAUCAACACCAGAGCUAGACACAUCAGUUCUUUCUCAAAGGAACGAGUCUUCAUCUUUUUUUGGCAAACCGAGUAAACGCUGCCGGACAACUGGCCCUCAGUUCAACAUAAGUCUGUUCACAACACCUAGACCGUUGUCAGACCGCAGUAUGAUGCCCGGGAGCAGCUUCCAACAGUCACCCUAUUAUCCUGGGAAGACAACGUAUGGUGGCGCUGCGUCACAUCGCAAGUCGAGACUCAAAGCAACUGCACCAUAUCAGUCCAAUCUCUCAGUGAAUAAAGUUACUCCCAGACCUCUGAAUAAAUCGUUAGGUGGUACCGUCACAAGUUCUACCGCUCGAAAGAUCCUGGAUGCCUUAGAGAGCAUGCCUUCUGUACUCCAUGAUGCGAAGAGAAUCCCAGUCAACAACUCUAGUCUUUAUGAUUCACCGUUGUCGUUCACUCCAAGUAGUUAUCCGAGGAGACGGUCACUGCAGCCGAAUACCUCCAGGCUUGGGACGCCUGCUGGUGCACCUCCCACCAGCCGAGUGAAUGCUGUGGGUAGGGCAUCCAUCGCCCAGAACAGACAGUACCUCUUGCCCAUGAGGGAGCAGCCUUCUCCUGGAACAAGUCAGCCAGAUGAUGGAAGGAUUUCUUCCAGUAAAUCUAAAGUGUGGCAGCUUCCGAUGGUGGACCUGCACCCUCCAGGAAGAAGUCAAACAGAAGAGGUUGUUGCUACGAGUUUGCCGCCAGUCACCCAUGUGGAAACGCCGCAGCAUGGUUCAGGGAAGAUGAAGAGAGACAAGAGUCAUCAUUAUCAGGCACGCAAAGAUGAGGAUGAUGAAGAUGUUGAAGUACCCAACUUGCCCACAAAGUUUGUCCUCCCAUCCGAUGGUUUCAAGCUUGAUAUUGCUGUCAAGGCACCACAACCGAAAUCAUCCGGACCAGUUCCAGAGUUCACAUUUUCCAGUCCGAUUCAAAAGAUAAGCACUCCGAUUACGGCAUCGCCAGGAGCAGCAACUGGAUUCCAGUUUAGUUCUCCGAUCAGUAUUGAUGAGCAAGGAAAGGAUGAGAAGCAUGUGAUGAAUAAGAAUCUAAUGCCCGGGAUAUCAUUUGGUAGUUCCUCUGGUCUGAAACUGAAAACCAAACCACCUAAAGAAGUUGCUCCUGUCAGUUCCUUUGCACCAGCAUCGGAGUUGAAGCAAGGGAGUGUCCUCGAUAUUUUAGGGAAAGGUUCAGUCUUCUCAUCGGCGAAUAAGUCAUCUGCUGCAAAUGAUACCAAAACGCCGAGUUCCGUUACAAAUGUCAACUCGUUUCUGGACAAAUUGAAGCCUGCCGCUGGAAGUUGGGAGUGUCCUAUCUGUAUGAUAAGCAACAAACCUGACGUUAGUAAAUGUGUCGCUUGCAUGGCAAACAAGCCCUCCGACCGGAAGGAAUCGUUCAAGAGUCUGUUGGAUGAAGACAUUAUGGCAAAAUUAAAGCCACCAGAAGGUUCUUGGAGUUGUCCUACGUGUAUGGUCUCAAAUAAAUCUGAUGCGGAUAGUUGUGUUUGUUGUAGCACAGCUAAGCCGAAACUGAAACAUUCAGGAUCUAGUGGUUCUUCAGUGGCGAUCAAAACAGACCAAACUUUGUAUGAGAAUUUAAAGAGACCAGCUGGGAACUGGGAGUGUCCUGUGUGUAUGAUAUCUAACAAAGCAGAUGCCUCGUCUUGUCUUGCAUGCUCCUCCCCUAAUCCGACUAAGUCCAAUCAUGCCCCUACCAAGGAGAGUCAAAACGCAUUAGCGAAAUUAAAAAGACCUGAAGAUGCCUGGACUUGUGACACGUGUUUGGUGUCAAAUGGACCAACUGCGUUAAAGUGUAUGGCGUGUGAAACACCAAAACCUGGUGCAACGAAACCAUCCGGUUUUGCCCAACCUGGUGGUUUUCAAUUUGGUGGUAACUCUGGUUCAGGUUUUGUCAUAGGUAAUAAAACGUCUUCUUCCGCGCUGUUUGCCUUCGGCGGCUCCAGUAAAAAUGACGCUGAUUCAACACCUAAAACAUCCGAUUCAGCUGGAGGUGGAUUCAAAUUCGGGGCAGUGGAUUCUUCCAGCACAGCAGGGUUCAAAAUCUCAUCAUCAGUGUCAGGUUCCAGUGGGGCAUUCAAGUUCGGUGGUGAAAAUAGUGAGAAAAAGAACUCUACGCCGAGUGCAGGUUUCACUUUUGGCGCAAAAACAUCUGGAGCUAAAAGUGACUCUAAACCUGACUUUGUUACUGGUGGUUUCAAAUUCGGUGCAGACAGUAACAAGGACAGUGGUAUCAAAAUCGGACAGCAAGCUUCAGAUUCCAAAGACACAUUAAAGCCUGUCGGUGGUUUUGCAUUUAAUGCUGGUAACUCGGACUCUAGUAAGACAUCAGCUCUUGGUGGUGUGCUUUCAAAUUCCAAUAAAUCGGACCCAGCAUCUUUAGGUGGUGGUAGUAAAACAACUAAUACCUCUAGUGCGGCCGGUGGAUUCUCGUUCGGAGGAAGUACGAAGCGUAAGGCAGACGACGAUGACAAUAGUGAAGUGAAGAAGGUGCCCGAGUUCCAGUUCGGAGCACCAGUGACUGCUGUGCCUAGUCUAAGUCAGCACAAGCAAGACACAGCUGAACCAAAGAAGGAAAACGGUUCGAUAGGAGGCUUUGCCUUCCAACCGAUAGCUACAGCAACCUCCAAGCCCAGUACUGCAGGUUUUGGAGUUGGUGGAUUGGAUUCGAAGGCGUUCGCACUUGAAGCGAGUCAGGCCAGUGUUGGCAAACCGGUCCAAUCCUUAUUUAGAAGUAGUGAGAAUGAGCCGGCGGUGAAGAGGAAACCAGCUGACGGAUUGGAUGUCUCGACCAGUCUGACAGGAGCACCAUUCCUGUUCGGGCUUCAUACCACUAGCAUCACCAGCAAACUCGUCUCUCCAGCCUCGGACGUCCCAAUGAGUCCAGCUGAUAUUGGACAUCCAUAUGGUUUGACGGGGGGCAGUGCCACGUCUGGUUUUAACUUUGGUUCACAAGGCUCCACCCCAACCUUCGGCCAGAGUAACAGCUCAUCCAGCACGCCAACAUUCGGACAGAGUGCCACCAACCCAACGACAAGUGCAGCAUUCAACUUAGGAGGAUCUGCCAAUCCAUUGCCUGUCGCCUCUAGUACUGCAACAUUCAAUUUUGGUGCGCCAGUCUCCACAUCUGCAACUCCUGGGUUUGGAUUUGGUCAGUCGGCCAGUUCAGCAAAUCCUACUGCCACACCGGCAUUAACUGGUGGAUUCAACUUCAGCCAAAGCACUACAAAGCCAUCUACAACUGCUUCGUUUAGUUUUGGGCAGACGGCAACAACACAGGCCACUACCAGUGCUGCGCCGGGAGGAUUUGCUUUUGGUCAGAGUACCAGUGGUGCUGCCCAGUCGGCCAGCACAACGUCCACGUUCACUUUUGGAGCGACUGCUACAACUAAAGCCCCAUCAUUUGGUGGUUUUAAUGCAGCGCCGGCCCAGCAAGCUGCUGCCCCGGCCUUUGGAGCUGCCACAGCACCAUCCUUCGGUCAACAACAAUCCUCAGCACCAAUGCCUUUCGGGACUCCGAAUACCGCAGUAACUUUCGGGGGACAAAGUACUGGCACUUCCUUUAGUCAGGCCACCCCAGCUUUUGGUGCGACCGCCCCAGGUCCAACGCCAGCGUUUGGUUCUGCUGCUACUGCCUUGCCAACAUUCGGUGCCACUGCUACUAAAACUCUGACAGCAGCUCCAGCCUUUGGUGCAGGAUCUACAGGUUUCGGUGUCCAGGCAACUCCAGCCCCUGCAUUUGGUGCACCGGCUACUACAGCCAACUCUUCUGGUUUCAACUUCAGCCAAUCAGCCCAAACAGGAGCAUUCAACUUUGCAGCCCAACAGCAGCAGGCCACGUCUGCCCCCUUCCAGUUUGGCGCCAACAAACCAACACAACCCACCCCAGUGGCUAGCCAGCCGACAGCAACUUCAGGAUUCAACUUUACUCCCAACAUGAGCUUCGGGGGACCUGCUGCACCUGCUACGCCACAACCUUUCCAGUUUGGUGCUGCUCCUGCACCCAGUACGGAUGGCAACCCGUUCAGUGUCAGCGUGACUCCCAACAUUGCUGGUAGAAAAAUCAAGAGGGCUACACGGAAGUUGAAAGGACGGUAGGAUUGACUGUCAGCAACAGCUAACCUGUGAUGAAUAGAGAGCAUAUCUAGGAGGAUCAAUGGACAAGUGUCGCCUCGGGAGAUGGAUUACGCAGUAAGUUAAGGGAAAAAUUGAAUGCUGUAAGUCAACAAAUGUUUGUCUACUGUGAAGUAAAAGGGUUGUGGCUGAUGUGUUUGUCUGACUUGAUUAAAGUAUAAUGGGAUUGUGUAACCAGCUAGGAAUAAAAGGUUGCUCAACAAUGGUAUGACGUCACACCUAGGUAAGGACAUAUUAUCUAGACAAUUGGUCAGAUUAAGUUAUAAGGAGAGAUUCAGUUGGAAGAGUAUAGCUAACUGUUGUAGAAGAUUGAAGAAAAAUAUGACCAUGACUGCCAAAACAGGCUGUAAUGUUUGCAAUACGGCCAUUGUGAGUGAGUGGGGGUUAAAAUGGCUUUAAUUACAAAUACCAAGAGAAAAGAACCAAGACAAAUCUUGUUUGUUAAAAGAGAAUGGACGUUUUGAAUCGGGUCAAGUUGUGAGAAACGUUGCCAGCAGGAUGUCCUGGGCGUGGGGUGUAAAUAGGUCACUUGGGCUUGAAUUCUUACAGGUUUAAUGCCAAGUUGAACAAACCAUUGUUACUUGUUACGCCACAGUUGUUGAUAUAUUCUCGUGUGGCUGACAACUCUCCUUUGAAAUCUCAUGAACGAGAAAGAGUGCUCCGUACAGGGCUCCUCUACCCCUUGAAAACAAUAUCAAGACCAUUGACUGGCAUUGUAGAAAUGGGUAGGAACCCUGUAUUUAAGUACUCUCAUCGCUAAUUCUUUGUAUUCUGGACGACCCGGACCAGUUAUAAUUCCUGAAUUCAAACCCAACAACAAACUGCGGUCAACAAAGCUGACUAUGUCCAAUGGCUGAAUCCGCUGAACUUUCUAAUGCGCAUUUGGACAAAAGGUGCUAAAGCCAUAUAAUGUAAAUUGUUAUUAAUGUUUCAUACAUUCCGCUAGCUUUACGAGUCUUAAUCGGUUUGUUCUUCCAUCGACAUACGAGGCCGUUGGCUGCAGACGUCACAUGUUGUGGCUGUAAAUAGAUGUAUGCUGUUUUAACUUAAUAUCAGUACGAGGCUGAUGUCAGUGUCUUGGCUUCAUUAGUUUUCUUAAUGAAGUAAUGGUUUCCGUGACUGUUGAAAUGAAUCGUUGGAACUCUGUCAAGCAUUACCAAGGCAUGUAUUACUCCAUUGUUGAGGGCUUUUAUAAGACACUGAUAUUAUCCUCAUCAGGGACGCUUGGUAUACCGCUCGAUCAUAUGGACAGACAUUUUCAGACCAGAUUCAAUAUUUGAAGCAAUGGUGGUUGUAAGUGUCUUUCCUCUCCAUGUGAUAGUGCUGUGUGUUCUUGUGCAAGUUGAGUAGUCAAGGCUAUCCUUCUUGCCGUAAUAUUUAACACAAUCAUUGUGCUACUCACAAACUGAAUGAGACGGAAGAAAACUGUUGAUUUUUCACAACGAACAAUGCUCAAUUCCUGUUGUUAUGUAUCAUAACUGUUAAAAUCUAAAAUUAGUCAUUUUUUGCGAUAACUUCAAAAAGAUGCGAUAGCCCUGAAUGCAAUAAUUUAUCUAUGUGUUAUUGGAAACAAACAUUUGGUUAUUUCAUCCUUCUGGUACAAUCGGAGCUCUCUUGAUUCUAGCCAUCAGAUUACAUAUUUCCAAACCAAGUCUUGUGUACAUUCAUUCAUUCUGUGUAAAGGACUUCGAUAUUUAAAUGAUAUUUUUUUUAAUCUGAUGGCCUGGCCUGGGUGGAUCUUUUGUAUUUGGAUUUGAACAUUCAUUAGAUGGUUGUUUCCUCAGAACAAAGUUUUAAAUUGGCGUGCUGCAUUUGUAUAGGAGUGUAUAAAAAUAUUGUCAGAUGUCUAAGUUUUCAGGUUGUAAUGUAGCCACUGCAGUUGCCAUUUAGGCGUGUGUUUGUAAAUAAAUUGUGAUAUGCGAUUGUGGAAGAGGAAAAAUAUCAAAUCCAGGAUAAAAUUAUGCAAGUUAUCAAAGACCUGAAAGAUUAGACUGUGAUGUUGGGGACUUUUCCUGUAGAGUUUGGCAUCAAAACUAUAUCUUGGCAUUCUUAAUGUCUCUGUUAACUUUAUAGAGACACUUGUAAGGUUUCUCGAAAGGAAAUUUUGAAAUUUGCUAUUGCUUUUGCUUGGUGGUAAAUAUGAAGCCAGGGACGACAAAAUAAUAAUGAUACCUCAGUUGAGCACCUCGACACUCCUGUGUACUAACAUAGCACCGUUGUUUACUGUCCAUGGUCGCCCGUUUGCCAUCGAUGAACACUUCAUCUCUUGAGAUCAUAUUGGGGCGCUAAAAUUAUGAACCCUCAGGUUUGAUUGAUUUAUAUGUCAACUUAUUCCUCUGCUUUGAUGAAGAGCCUCUUCCCAUUACCAGUAGAUUUAAACAAUGAUCAUGCCAUGUGAAUACAUGAUUUGGAGGUCUGCAAAAAUAAUGAUUAUCUAAACUGUGAUCUGAUAAUGUUGAGGGAAUUUUUGCCCGACGAUGGAAAAGUCCUCACAAAAUAAUGAUGUUUAUGUAGUGAUUGUCUUUUAUAUCUAGAAAGUUACGAUGCUUUCAUAAAGAUUAUGGGAUGGCUGGUUUGCCGGAGGAGAACACGAUUCAAUUUUACCUCUCAAUAAAUACGAUGACGUAAUGUAGAAUAACAAGUGAAGAAAAUUUAUGCCGGUCUCAAUUUUCCUUCGAAUUGCAUCAUGCCAUCCCAUAUCUUACUUGGACGUCUUUGUGUAAAAUACCAUAAGUUUUGCAUAAAUAUGAUCCAAGUGAAGCUAUUUAUUUUGUAUGUAUCUGAAUCUUGCACUGAAAAUGUCCAGGAUAAACCACAUGCUGCUGUAAAUAGACUUUGAUUUAAAGAAUGAAUGUUUGUCUGUUUGUAUGAGUGUGCUAAAAUCCUGUAAACUUCAAAUUUCAGGUGUGAGUGAAUUGUAAAAUGUACAUAUUAUUUCCUGUGUCGAUACCUUCAGUUUUACUUUAGUUAAAGUACUAAGUGAAUAUGUUAUGUAAGUUUACCGAGUUGGCCU